AGUGCGCUGCUCCAGCCUGUCGGCUCAGUUGGUGUUGGAGUCGCCUGCAGGAGAGACCUACCGUGCGGCAUGGCAGCCUGAAUGCACAGGGAGGAGAAAAAGGAGGAGGGAGAAAAGCGGUAGUUUUUUUUUCCUCUCGAGUGCAUUUUUCUCUCAGUAAAACCGACUCAAACCUGAACGGACUGUAUGUGGACGCGAGUACUGUGGAUUAUACGUGUUUUUUUUCUUCCCCAUGUGGAUAAAGCACAACAAGCGGAGUUUAAUUUGUGUGGAGAACUCGUGGAUCGAUGAGAGAAGACGGGCAGCCAGAGAGAAGCUCCCCGCUGACAUAAGAGAGUGAGGAGAUUACAGUAGAAGCUCAGAGGAGGCGAAACAGCACACAGGAUCUCUCUCCUGCUGCCUUCAGAGCCAUGAGCCGGGCACUUAUGGACCAUAUCGCCAGUAGUUUCAGAGAAGAUGCUCCACGACCCCCAGUGCCGGGGGAGGAGGGCGAGUCGCCCUGCUACCCCGGCAAACUCGUAAUCAUGAAAACCCUCGAACCCCCUAAAUCGGUUGUGUUCGGCUCUCCGGGCUCCUCGGCGAGGAGGAACGAGGAUGGUCUUGGGGAGCCGGAGGGGAGCGCCUCUCCGGACUCGCCGCUGUCUCGGUGGACAAAGUCUUUGCACUCUCUCCUCGGGGACCAGGACGGUGCUCUACUUUUUAGGACCUUCCUGGAGCGAGAGAAAUGUGAAGAUUCUUUAGACUUUUGGUUCGCCUGCAAUGGCUUCAGACAAAUGGACCUCAAGGAUACCAAAACGCAAAGAGUCGCCAAAGCAAUUUACAAACGCUACAUCGAAAACAACAGCAUUGUCGCCCAGCAGCUCAAGCCCGCGACCAAAACCUUCAUCCGGGACAGUGUCAAGAAGCAGCACAUAGACUCUGCGAUGUUCGACCAGGCGCAGACCGAGAUCCAGACGGACAUGGAGGAGAACGCGUACCAGAUGUUUCUGACCUCUGACAUUUACCUCGAGUACGUGAGGACUGGGGGCGAAAACCCCAACCACGUCAACUCGAACGGACUGGGCGACCUGAAAGUUGUGUGUGGAUACCUGCCCACGCUCAAUGAAGAGGAGGAGUGGAGUUGUGAUUUCAAAGCCAAACCCAAAGCGCUGGUUGGACUGUCGGUGAAGGUGCAGAGGGCCACCGUGUCCAUGAGGGAGGUGGAGGUGACGGAAAGCGGAUACAGAUCAUACAAGAGAGGAGAAUCACUCAACCCCUGCCACGUGGGCUCUUUCGCCCCCGUCAGCAGCACCAAUGACAGCGAGGUGUCCAGUGAUGCUUUGACCGACGACGCCAUGUCCCUGACCGACAGCAGUGUAGAUGGCAUCCCUCCGUAUAAACUGGGAUCCAAGAAACAGCUGCAGAGAGAGAUGCACCGCAACAUGAGGAUGAACAGUCAAGUCUCUCUCCCUGCUUUCCCUCGUACUCGCCAUCCUCCCAAGGAGAUGGUCCCGAUGGAGCCGGCAGAGUUUGCAGCCAAGCUCAUCUCCCGCCUGGAGAGCCUGAAGAGAAAGCAGGACACCAUCAACUCUCUGGAGGAGAAGCUGCAGCAAAUUCAGGAGGAGGAGGAAAGAGAAGAUACAGAGAUUAUUGCAAGUGCUCCCAUACUUUCUCCGCACCCCUUGGCCCUCCUGUCUUGCUCAUCCGAUGAGGACCCGCAGGCCAUCCUGGACGAACACCUCUCUCGCGUCCUGAAGACCCCCGGCUGCCAGUCCCCCGCAGUAAUCCGCCACUCACCUCGCUCCACCUCCCCAGAGCACAAGGCCUUCACGCGGGCAGCCUAUGGAAUCAAGACCCUUGUAAGGACGGGGCCCUCCGCUUCUUGUUCCAUCUCAAUCCUGAAAGUGGCCAUCCGGACCCUCGUAAGCAGGCAGAGCACAAAACACAUCCACCACCACUACAUCCACCAUCACGGCAGUCCCAAAUCAAAGGAGCAGAUUGAAAGGGAGGCAGCCCUCAGGGUGCACGGCCUCUGCUCCAGCAGUGGCGAGUGCCAGCCCUGCCAGCCUUACCAGCGCAGCCGCAGCCUGGGCAGAGAGAUGUGUGGGUCCGUCUCAUUGGACAACAACAGCACAGGGCGAUCCAGCUCUCUUUCCAGGCGCGUGUGUCGAGCAGGGGCUGAGGAUGGAGCAGCCGAGAGGUGUAUGGAGGACUGUGGUCCCUUACAGCUGCCCACCGACACAGCUGACCCCACCCAAAAUGUGCUGCAGUGGAUCCUGGAAAGUAAACGACAAGGCCGGCACAAGUCUCACAGCAACCAGAGCACCAAAAAAUCCUUUGGAGGCUCUUCCACCCAGACGCACACGUGGGGUGGUGGUGGAAGCUGUGGCCACCUACGUAGCCACCAGCCGGCCCAGCCAUUCAUCCAGGACCCGGCCAUGCCUCCUCUGCCCCCUCCCAACACUUUGGCCCAGCUGGAGGAGGCCUGCCGCAGACUGGAGGAGGUCUCCACCAAGACCACCAAGCAAAGGCAUUCAGUGUCCAGUGUCCAACAAGAGAAGAGCCUCCUAGUGCCUGUCCAGGGUGAGGGGUCCGUCCCUCUGUCUUCAGCCAAUCCCAGCCCUGCCGGCCUUCCUACCAGCAGCCCUGGUCUCCAAUCAGAAGAGAUGAAGGAGUGUAAAAAGGGUUCGGGGGUGUGCGGCGGCGAGACAGUGGUGACGUAUUUCUUCUGCGGUGAGGAGAUCCCCUACAGAAGGACCAUGAAGAGCCACAGUCUCACUUUGGGUCACUUUAAGGAGCAGCUUCGCAAGAAGGGCAACUACAGGUACUACUUCAAAAAGGCCAGCAAUGAGUUUGAGUGCGGUGCCGUCUUCGAGGAGGUGUCAGACGACGGCUCCUUGCUGCCCACCUAUGAGGGCAAGAUCCUAGGCAAGGUGGAGAGGAUGGAGUGAGGACGUCCCCCCUGUUGAUGUGGAUUAAACUCCUAUGAACGCUUCGACCUCCUGUGGAUGUACUUCUUCACGUGCUCAGAAACACGACGUCUGUGUCUUUUUAAGCUAAGACUGCAGGACUGGAGAUUUUUAAGGAACGUCUGCUAGAUGUGGGAAGAUGAACUGGACACAAGAAGAUGAUGCUCAAAAAGAAAGGAAGACAAAUGAUCGCUAUCAAAGGACCUUGAAGUGAAGAAAACAAAGGAUUGUAUGUUGCUGGACUGAAACAUUUCCUGUGUUUCCAGAAGAGAAAACUUUAGAGACUCCAGGUGAAUGACCACUCCUCAUAGAGGCGGGGCGGUGGGUUCAAAUCUGAGACUGACAGCCCACCUGCCCCUGCCCGUGUUAGCAUCUGCCCUGUGGCACCUGCUAGCCCCUCACUUAUAUGUAUAUGCAAGUAUACAUGUACAUUGCAUUGUAUUGUGAUGCUCGUAUUGCUGUGUAAAGAUUAUAUUGCUAUUUAUUGGAAAUAUCCCUGCCCCGACCCUUUUAUUCUUCCAUGGACAAGCUGCUUGGAGUUGGAGAAACUUCUCCUAUUUUUCCAAAAAUCCUAGAUGAUUAUUAUUUUUCAUUCCCUUCUGUGCAUCAGUUCUAGAGCAAAGGAAAUGGGUUUUAUUCAUUUUCUGCCCCUCAUGUUGAACUGUAAACUUCAAAGAUACCUCUUCAAUAACUCCACUCCUGUUCCUGGAGGUUUGAGUGGGACAUCUCUGCUCUCUCGGCGGGAGAGCUUACUGCUGAAGCUUUGAGAACGGUUCUCUUUUCACUUAAAAAAAAAAAAAAAAAGUCCGAUAAUAUAUUUACUACUGCAGUGCUAUUUGUGGUUGUUGUCCCCAUCUGCUCUAAAUGGGCCCUGGGUGUACUUUGAAAAAGGAACUCAAAAUGCUAUUAAUGUUUAAUUCCCUUCUCUGGGACUCUGCCCAGCUAGCCUUGAUCUGUCACGUCUUAGUGCCUUUGUUUCAGUGGCGCAGGCAUCGCACAAAUCGCCUACGUAUUUGCUAAGAGAGGAAGCUGCCCUGAACAGGUCCCCAAAAUGUGUUUACACCAAUGUUCAUAUUUACCAACACAAAGCUCUAUAUGUGCUCCCCAACGUGCUUACCUUUGUGACUGUGUGACUGACAUGUCGUUGAGUAGGGCUUACUCUGUGUGUGUAUUUGAAGCCUGCACUAUGAGCUGCAGAUGUUAACGAUGGUGGUGAUAUGCACUAUGUCCAUAGUGUUUAAACUGAGUACAGUAGCUGUGCCUACAUGGAUUCUUGCCGUGUUUUACCCAGUUUUCAGGGUCCUUUUACUCCCUUGGUUUUCACAAGGGGCCUUAUGUUGAAAAGAUAUUUUUAUGCCUUUUAGUAUCCGUUUCAUCAUGUUUAUGUUUUAUAAUAUUUUUCAUGGCUUCCUUGGCUCCACUUGUAAACUGUAAAUUAUGCGUUCUAUAGAGCUCAGUUGAAAAGAUGCCUCGGUACUUUAAUUAUUGUAAUUAUGAAGAGAUGUAGCCUUUAUUAAAAUGUUCUAUUUUUCAAAUUA